AUGGUGGCUGAAAGAGCGGCGACCAUGUUUUUCUUCGGCGCUCGAAUGCGCAUACCAUCCCAGGUACGGCGGACCUUUGGGGUCGAUAGGAAAGUGUCAACGGCAUCCCGCAAACCCAAGGUCUCCGUUCGUGCACAAGGUACUUCGGACGCCUCAGUAGCCGUGCUCGGCGGUGGAGCUGCGGGACUGACGGCUGCUUACUUUGCAGCCGUGUCCGGAGCUAAACGGGUAAUCGUAUACGAACGGACGAGCGAGGCUGGAAAGAAGAUUCUUAUGAGUGGUGGAGCGCGCUGCAACGUCCUCCCUGUCUCCGCGAGAGUCGAGGAUUUCGUCACGGAGUCGACACCUCGAAAGCUGAAAAACAUCAUGGCAAGCUGGAAUGUUGAGAGAUGCAGGGAGUGGCUCGAAAAUGACAUCGGAUUAGAGCUGGGCAUCGAACACGUCACUAAUAAAUAUUUCCCCCUGAGUAACAGUUCUCGAGAGGUGCGCGACAAGCUUCUCGAGGCUUGCCUGCGGGAGGGGGUUGACAUAAGAUACGGUGCCUCUGUGGAGGGUCUUCGCCGCGUGAGCGAUGAUGGGGCAGACGGCGAAGCAUGGUCGCUUCUCAUGAGAGAUUGUCCAGAUGAACGAGUCUCAGUCGUGAUCCUUGCCAUGGGAGGGAUGAGUUUUCCCGCAGUGGGCACGGACGGAACAGGUUACGUGAUUGCACGCCGCGACUUGGAGCACAACCUGGCCGAGCCCUACCCAGCGCUUGUGCCACUCACGGGGAAACAUCCCGGAGGCGAGCAGCUUCCUGGGGUUAGCGUGAACGUUUCCCUAGAAUGCGAGCCAAUCCAAGGAGGAAUUAAGGCGGGGAAAAAGAAGAAAGCGAAAGCCAAUCGUGAGGGAUUUUUGUUCACUCAUCGUGGAUUUUCAGGACCUGCCGUCCUCGACUUGUCACACAACGUUGUGCGUUCUCUGGUGAGAACGAAAGGGUGCAACAAGGGAGAAGAUGUUGAGCAGAGCGAUGCAGAUAUGAUGGAAGUAGUCGUGCCUUCACUCGUUGUGAGCUGGUCGGGAGAGUCCAGGGAUGAAUGGCAAGAGCGUCUCGCCGCACCUCCUGGAAAAGCACUGGUGGCCACCCGCCUUCGAGAAGGACUCCCGCAGAGGUUAGCAGAUGCUCUUUUAGCUGAGGCAGGUGUCGACAACGAUUGCAAAGUGGCGGACUUACGGAGGGUCGACAGGCUCAAAUUACUUGAUGUGCUGACAAAAUAUCGCAUACCCGUUGACGGGCACCAGGGCUAUCGAAAAGCUGAAGUUACUGGUGGGGGAGUUCCAUUGGACGAAAUAAAUUUCCAGACGAUGGAGAGUUUAAAGUCUCCUGGGGUUUAUUUCUGUGGCGAAGUUUGCGAUGUGUUCGGCAGAAUUGGGGGGUUCAAUUUUCUAUGGGCAUGGACCAGUGGUAGGUUGGCCGGGAUGAGCGCCGCGAAGCUCGUCUCGGAGAAGAAUCAGUAG